AUGAACCGUGCAGCUCCCGGGGCAGCUGCAGGCGUGGCGGUGGUGGACCUCUUCUCCUCUGCGCUCUCGACGGGACACCGCCCCGCAUCGCUGGACUAUAUUUUCCAGCGUAUUCGUCUCAAUCUUGUUCCAUUUAACGCCCAGGACAUCUAUCAGAUUUGCACUGUGGUGUACAACAAUGACACGCUGGGCAUGUUGAGCGACGCGGAGCUGAUGCGCGGGAUCGCUGGCGCGUUUCAGCGGUCAGACCAACGUGUGCUCAACCCGUUUCAGACCAGCCUUGUCAUGGACACGUUGAGGCGUGCUGGGAUCAACGCGUCGCCAAAGGAGGUGAUGGUGCCAGAAGAAGAGGCGAUUUCGCCUGAGACGCUGCUGAACGUCCUGCGCGCCAUGAACGUGCACAGCGGCACACGCGAUGAGCGCAAGAUUGAUGAGGUGCUGAGGAAAAUACCCGCUUUACUCGACGACUUUAGUCCUACCCAGCUAUCUCUGGCGCUGUGUGAGCUGGCGAAGCUGCGCUGCUCCAAUGCCGCUUCCAUGAAUCAGAUGGCGAAGCGGCUCUUUGAGAACACAGAGGACCUUAGCGUCAUGGAGGUCUCGCUGACGACCAACGCGCUCGCAAAGACUCGGGGGAUGCCAUAUGCAACAGUGCGGCGCGCUUUUGCGGUGGCGGAGCAGCGGUUGAGUGACUUUCAGCCGGACGACUACGUCACCGUUCUCUUGGCGCUGCAAACCGCAGGGAAGCAGUACAGCCGUACAUUUGUGAAGCUGGUUGAGGCCGCACUCGGCAAGGUAGAAAACCUAGACGCAAUAACCUUGACGGAGUUCCUGGUCACCUUCACCUCUCUGGACUAUGGAAAGCGCGAGCACAUUGAGAUUUUCGCGGACGCCCUCGUGGACGUUGCGAGUGAUCUCGAUCAGCGACAUCUGGUGCAGUCGCUUGUCGCACUUCAGCGACUCAAUCUUCUGCACGACCAGCUCUUCAGCGCGUUCGCUUCGUGCUUGAUGCGCUAUGCCCAAACGCUGGAGCCACGCUUCAUCUCACCUGUAAUGGACAUUUGCAGCCGAGUGUCCCAUAGCACGGAUAACCUGAUGCAGGUGCUGCUAGGUCGUGCACUCGAGUGUGCGCGCAUGCUGCAUCCGAACGACCUUGCCGAUAUACUGGAUACUGUCGCGCUGUAUCCUGGUGCACGCGGACACGCGUUCGUAGAGGUCUUUGGGCGCCAGGCACGACUUCGGCUGGAGGUGUUCAACCCUGUCUCUCUGGCCCGCGCAACAAGGGGGCUGGCCCAUCUUGGCUACAGAGAUGUGGACUACUACGCACAGGCCGCCGAUACCGGGUUUCGCUUCGGGUUCAAGGACUGGACGUUCCUGGAGCCCAUCCUCAUGGGCUUGUGCUUCAAUAAAGAGGUGCCGGUGCGCACGGUGAAGGUGCUCGCCUCCUUUGUCACGCCGAUGGCCAAGUCCAUGUCACUACCGGAGGUGGAGCGUGCGAAUCGGUACCUCGCACAGCUCAAGUGUGAAGAGGAUCAUGUCUACCGUGCCUUGGCGAACCGUGUUAUGCACUUCGUAAAGGAGAUUACCCCUGAUAUGCCACAAGAGCUACAGACGCUGGUGCAGCGAGGGGCAGUGAACCGGCUCACUGAAGCUUGA